AUGUCGCAGAUCAUUGUUUGGGUACUGUUGGUUUCGGAGCUGUGGCCCCAUCCGUCGUGGAGCCAUGUGUACCCGCACCACAUCACACGGAAGACGCCGAAGAGCAAGCGCUGGUGGAAAGGUCCUCAGUACAACACGGGCAACAACUUUGGCGGUUGGCUGUUCCGGGUGCAGCAUUCAAGGCAGUCGGUAAUCUGCGGUGCAUCCUAUUACUCUCCGCUUUUGAUGAUUGUGUCGGCCAACUGCAUCCACCCGUAUCGAUACGAUCUGGAGGGGACGAGUGUCGAGCCCACUUUCACCGAGGAGAACAUCUACGGAUUGAUCGACACCGUCUACACACCCCACGAGUUCAAGCCACAGAAGCUGUUUAUGGACAUCGCCCUCAUCCGACUGCAAAAUCCCAUGAAGGGCAGGACGACCGAGUUCAUAAAGCUCUGCAGCACCUCCUUCAGAUCCGGAAUGUGGGUGACGGUUUAUGCGUGGGGCUUUGACUCCAUGCACGUAGGAGCGCAGAACACGAGCACGAAGAGUGGCUUGGUGCCCGUCGAGGACAUCAAGGUGUGCCGCAAGAGGCUGGCCAACACCGACACGCGGCUCUCGAGCUCCUCCAUUUGCGUAACCAAUCCGAAGAAUUCCAAGAAGUGCCUCUACGACGGCGGAGCCCCGCUGACCUACGGCACCGAACUCUGCGGCGUGGUGUCCCACGGACCACUGUGCAGCAACGCCGGACAUCCAGGCGUCUUUACGAACAUCAACAAGGUGAAAAGCUUCAUCCAGAAUAUAGAAGAUGGCGUUAAUUCGGGUAAAUUGACACGCAGGAUUAUAAUAAUCUAUUUGUACCGGAAAAUCAAGGUUUGA